UGAAUGGUCAUUCUGAAUCCCUCAUAGGGAAUACUUUCAUACUUUAGAUACUUGUGCUGAUACCUGCGUUAACUUAAUCUUACUUAGAUUCACUAUUUGAAUGCUGGACUUUUACUUGUAAUGCAGUAUUUUCACAGUGUGAUAUUAGUAGUUUUACUUCACCAAAUAUCUGAAUACUUCUUCCAUCAUCACUGCCAAACAUGCAGCAAAUAUAUUGUCACUUAACCCCGGUUUAGUAUCUUUAAAUGCUUGAACAGAAAGAAAAAGGUACAUAUUUGGAGUGAAUGAUAAGCUGUUGUUCAGAAAAAACCCUGGACAGUUGAUGGAAAAGAGCUGAAUCACUUAGUGAUGAACAAACUUGUCAUUCUGAAAUAUUGAUAAUCUUUGAGUUGAGAUGAAAACAUUCAUAUCAUUGUCCAACAGGUCUGGACAUUACAAAAUACAAUGACUAAUACAAUGUUGCUAAAUCCAGCGUGAGCAAGAGUUCAUCUCUGCCUUUAUAAAACACGAGCCCUUCACAGUUGUUGGCCACAUCACCUGAAGACCUCACUCUACUCGUCUGUUGACUCCGACUAUCAAUCAGACCUCACUCUACUUGUCUGUUGACUCCGACUAUCAAUCAGGAUGAAGUGUGCGAUGAUCUUCCUUGUGCUGACGCUGGUCGUCUUCAUGGCUGAACCUGGAGGCUGUAUGUGGAAUGCUGCCAAAAAGGUUGCAAAGGUGGCAGGAGACGCUGCCAGCAAGGGAUUGAAUGCUCGAGACGUCUACGAUGCGGUUGACAGAAGGUUGAACAAGAAACCAGACUCACCACCACCUCCACCACCUUACAAACAAAUUGCCAAAGAGCCUCCAAACUAUGUCAAGAAUUUCAGGCCCGAAAAUUAGACCAAAAUGCAGUUUUGGGGGAAAUGCAUUGCUCUAGAUUCUGUAGUUUUAUGCUUCAAGAUACAGGAAACAAAUGAAUAAGCAAAUCAGUGACAUCAUGUUUAGCACGAAGCAAGGUUCUUAUGGCUUGUUAAUGCAAACUGUCCUGGUUAAUAAACAGCAAAGCAAAGAAGUCAGACUCUGGUUUUUUAUGUUUUUCUCUCAACAUGUACAGUGUCAACAAAGAAAAUCGUUUUGUUUCUUUCAUUUAAAAAAAAUACUGAAAUAUGUUUUACUGCAAUUUCUGCUCGGUUAUUUUAUUUGUUGAGGAUAUUUUCAGAUUUCUUUCACAUUCAUGUGUGAAAAUCCUUAGGAAUUAAAAGUUCCUUGC